AUGAGUGGGUCAUCGACCAGUGCAAGCGUCAGUGUUGGCGGCAGGCCGAGUGGUUGUAGUGGAGGGCCAUGCGGGGCAUGCAAGUUCCUGCGACGCAAGUGCGCGGAUGAUUGCAUCUUUGCACCUUAUUUCGACUCAGAGCAAGGGGUGGAGCACUUCACCGCGGUGCACAAGGUGUUCGGUGCCAGCAAUGUUUCCAAGAUCCUUAAUCAAGCCCCUCCCCACAAGCGCCUUGAUGCCGCCAUCACUGUAUGUUAUGAGGCAAAGGCGCGUCUUCGUGACCCUAUCUACGGCUGUGUCGGUGACAUCUUCGCCCUCCAACAACGGGUAGCGAACCUCCAGGCCGAAGUCGCCUUCCUACAGGCCCACCUCACGACACCGCAACAGCCUUCACCGCCUCCUUUUCUGUCCCCGCCGUACAUACCCAUGACCACUGAGUUCUCCAUUUCUGAACUGGCGUCAUUGUCCAAUGUCCCAAACACCAUUGAACUAUCUUCGUUGUUCGACCCGUCGAUGCAGUGGGCCUUCCAGCAGCAACACCAACAACCAUAUGGCCAGACAGGGGAAGGAUCUGGCGGUACAGGCAACACCAACUCCAAUGGCGAUGACUUGCAAGCCCUGGCUAGGGAGCUCUUGGAUCGACGGUCGACAGGAUUGACACCCCAGCAACCAUCGAACACACAGUUUUGAGAUUGUUUGCCUAGCUUGGUGAACUAAGUUAUCUAAGAUAUUUAAAGCAUACAUUCAUUGUGUGAGAGGAGUACAUGAUUGCUUUUAAUGUGAGAAAAUUUCAUCUGAUUUUAUGGAUGGUAGUUAAUAGGCACCACCCACUUUUUUCUUAUCAGUUUUAUUCUUU